CGUCUGAAGCAGGUGAGAAAGAGAGAGAGAGAGAGAGGGAGAGAGAGGGAGAGAGGGAGGGAUAGCCGGCGAUACUUUUCUGCACUUCAACACACCGAGACACACACAUACGGUGUGGGAGGACGACAGACUCGGAGCCUCAGCAAAGCCGCUGUUGUUCACACGCUGUGCUCUUUUCCUCCCCUUGGCACCGUGCGCGCUCGCCAAGCCGCACUGUUUGGAGAUAGUCCGCGCGGAAAGUUUUUUGGAGCAUACUGUCUGGAGCCGAUUAAUUGUGGCAUCUGUUGUUUGUUUUUGUUUUUUGGCGAGGCGGAUGACUACUUUUUUUUGCAUGUGACGACACUUGACUCAAGAAGAGGAAUUGUCAAAGUCGUUAUUGCACAGAAUGGAAGGUAAAUUGACAAGUCGUUUGUGGCGAGGAUCACCCAGUGGAUCUUUCCGCAGGUAAAACGCGCUAUGACCUGAGCGUGUUCGCGGCUGGAUUUAUUGUUCAUCACAUUGUUCGUGUUGUUUUUGUUCUGACAUAGUGUAGCUAUAAUCGGGAGGUCAUUUUUUUUACUUGGAUAGAGAGUCUAAAAGUAGGCCGCUUUCAAUUAGAAGAGAACCGACAAAGUACAUCCGACGUUUCCGCCAGUGUCACUUUGAGUUUCCGUAGAUGGGUUUUAUUUGUUAAUAGUCACCGCAAAGUCACGCACUGACUCGUUAAAGGAACUGAUAAUUUCCUCACACUGUCUUAUGGACAUUUCAUAUAUCCCGCUGCUUACUACCAGCCCUCUAAACUGUUUGGCGCACGGAGCGCAUUCACUGAUUGUUGGGCGUCCGAGUUGACCAAAACCCCAAACCUGAAGACCUCUCCGCUUUAGCGUUAACACUCUGUUCACCCUAACCAAGCACUUUCCGAGAGAUCCGGAUAAAACGACGAGACUACUCUUCCCUGCAGCGGUAAAGGAAAUCGUAAAUCCACCUGGCCUUCACUGGGAUUAUUGGUUUGAUAUCGUCUGCAGAAAGUGGAUUAUAACUUCUAACGGGCUGUGCUCCCUGAUCGGCGGCAGCAUGAAACUGGGGCUGGGCUGUGUGUGUCGGCCGGUUUGCUGGCCCUUUGGCAGCGUGUUGGACUCCAGAAACUGUGUCUUUGCCCUCACACUCCUCACACUCCUCAUGCAGGUGGUGGUGGAGGCCAACUCUUGGUGGUCUCUGGCCAUGAACCCUUUACUGAUCCCGGAGGCCUACAUCAUCGGCGCCCAGCCUCUGUGCAGCCAGCUGGUGGGCCUGUCGCAGGGCCAGAAGAAGCUGUGCCAGCUCUACCAGGACCACAUGCAGUACAUCGGUGAAGGUGCCAAGACAGGCAUCAGAGAGUGCCAGUACCAGUUCAGACAUCGGCGUUGGAACUGCAGCACAGUGGACAACUCCUCUGUUUUUGGACGGGUCAUGCAAAUAGGCAGUCGAGAAACGGCAUUCACUUAUGCCAUCAGCGCGGCAGGGGUGGUGAACGCGGUGAGCCGUGCCUGCAGAGAGGGGGAGCUCUCCAGCUGUGGGUGCAGCCGUGCGGCUCGCCCCAAAGACCUGCCACGAGACUGGCUGUGGGGCGGCUGCGGAGACAACCUCAACUACGGCUACAGGUUCUCCAAGGAGUUUGUGGAUGCACGCGAGAGGGAGAAGAGCUACCCCAAAGGCUCAUAUGAGAGCGCCCGCCUGUUGAUGAAUCUUCACAACAAUGAGGCUGGAAGGAGGACGGUGUCGGACCUUGCCCACGUGUCCUGCAAGUGCCACGGGGUAUCGGGCUCCUGCAGCCUGAAGACUUGCUGGCUGCAGCUGGCAGACUUCCGCAAGGUGGGCGAUGCGCUGAAGGAAAAGUACGACAGCGCGGCCGCCAUGAAGCUCAACUCGCGUGGGAAGAUGGUGCAGAUCCACAACAAGUUCAACGCUCCCACCAGCCAAGACCUGGUGUACAUCGAGUCCAGUCCAGACUACUGCCUGAAGAACCAGAGCACGGGCUCCCUGGGCACAGUGGGGCGCCUUUGUAACAAGACCUCAGAGGGCAUGGAUGGGUGCGAGCUGAUGUGCUGCGGACGCGGCUAUGACCAGUACAAGGCCCAGAUAGUGGAGCGCUGCCACUGUAAGUUCCACUGGUGCUGCUACGUCAAGUGCAAGCGCUGCACCAAAAACGUAGACCAAUUCGUCUGCAAGUGAGAGGAGAAGUGUGGCCUGUGUGUGUUUGCUUGCAGACGAUGGACAUACAUCUGUGUGUAUCCAUGAGCAGAGGAGCAAAGGAGUUGAACACAGACAGAGAGAGAAUGGAAGAAAGAAACUAUAUAAAUUAUAUUUAUAGAGUUAAACAAUUAUGCCAUUGCAAAAAGACUGACUCUUUUUUUCAAAAAAAAAUGUUAUGUCUGAGAGUAUCGUGAAAUAUUUAUUUUGAGAUUGUUAUGUUUUAUUUUGGCCCAGUCAUCACCAGCCAAUUUUAACCCCUUCAAGUUCCAAAAACUGGCUGGAAAUCUGCCCCCACCAACCCCUACACUUUUUUUUUAAUGUUAGGAAAUACAGUUUUUCUCGUCAGGUGGGUCACACUGAUAGCGAAAUUGUACUGUGCUUCCCAUUUCCUAACAAGAGUAGAGUUUGAUAUUUGUGGCAUAGUUGACUAAGAGGUUUGUUGUUUUCAAAGUGACUGUGUUGAGAGGAGAAUGCCUGUGUGCUGUAGUGUAUGGAUGUGUUUUUGUGGGCCCAGUCCCACACCAGCUUUCACAUCCUUAUAAACACCUACUUGUCCCCUCUCAUCAUAUGUACAAUAAGGAACACCGUUGGUCCGAGUCCUUGGAGUACAAUGGGUACAAUUAAAGGGCUGUUUUGGGGGGAUUGGGCCAUUUAUUAAGCUGUUCCAGAAGCCUUAGAGUUCCCCAGGUGCUGCAACAAGCCCUCCACCAUUAUGCACUUUGAUACAGAGGCUUAAACCUGUCUGUAUGUGUCUGUUCAGCUGUUUUUUUACUACAGUGCAUCAGCAAAUAUAUCAAUAUUAUAGUCUACAUUCUUUUCCAUAUUAAUUCAGAUUAUCCAUUUAACAUUAUUCUACAAUACUUAACAUGGUUUGAAUAUAUAUGGGCAAUGUUGUGGUUACAGUGGUGAAAUAUUCCAUGCUCUGUGUAUAUAGUAUGUCUAUCCAACCAAUCAGUAAACUGUAUUUAUUUUCUUUAACCAGAUCCUCCUUUAAGCUUAAAACAGAAAAUAAAAA